CUUUUGCAAUAACGCAAGUUACUGUGGUGACGUGGAAACAUGGAGGAGUAAAUUAGGAAAGUAGCUCGGAAAUAUCGGCAAUAUUGAACCGUAGUUAAUAUUAAACAGAAGAAGAGGGAAACAAGAGCCGCGUAACAUUGGGAAGAUCGGCGCUCCCGGCAGAGGAGACAUACGGACGCGUGUCAGGUACUCGGGAGGACCUAGUUCUGUUCGACAUGAAGCUCUAAGAGGACCUUGUCCAGUAUAGGAUAUGGGGGCUAACACAAGCCAGGUCAAUGACCUGUCACAAAAUCCAAGCCUCGGGUCCUUGGUUGGGACAGAGGCCAUUUCUGAAAAUGACCCCUUCUGGAAUCAGCUGAUUUCCUUCACUUUCACCAGUCCUACCAGCAGCAGAGACUCCAAACUGUUGGAGGAGGCCGUCAUCCCACUCGCCAAGAUCCUCAUUGAGAACAAUCCUCGGACAGGAAAUUUCGGAGCCCUUGUGAAAAUUUUCCUUGGACGCACCAAAGAGCUGAAAAUAUCAACAGAAUGCCAAGACCAGCUCUUCAUCUGGCAGGCCCAUAACGCUCUCUUCAUGAUCCGCUGCUUGCUGAAAGUCUUUGUCCGCGAGAUGAUCGAGGAGGAGCUGCACAUGCAGUUCUCCUACCAGCAGAGGGCGCCAGGCUCCAGCGAGACGGGAAGCGAAGACCUCCUGGAGGAAUUGAUCUGUAACCUUGUCCACCUGAUCGUGGAGGUGCCCCUGCUGGAUAUUACCUACAGCAUUCUGUUUGAGGCAGUGACCACACUCCUUGUCCUGCUUUCAUAUCAACUUUUCCACAAGGAAAUACUGAGAGAUGGACUCAUCUACAAGUACCUGAUGCGGGGGAAAUGUGUGGACCUCACUAGCCGCCUGGUGAAGACCCUGCUUUAUAAUUUCAUCCGGCAGGAGAAGUGCCCACCUCCUGUGACCCAUAUUUUCGAUUCACAGUCUGAAGGAGGGGGACUUUUGUAUGGACUUGCUUCCGGUGUAGCAAGUGGGCUCUGGACCGUCUUCACGCUCGGGGGUGCCGGAAGCAAGCUGAGCCCAGACCAAGAGCAGCAGCCUCUACCUCUGCCCAAUCAGAGCCUGUUGUUACUGCUGGUGCUGGCCAACUUGUCCGAUGGCCCCGACUGGCCCAAUCCUUACCGACAGGCCAUCAAGUCAUUCAAGAACACGCAAGAUACAUCGUCUAUCCCAUCGCCGAACCUGCACGCCUUCCAGAUCAACUUCAACAGCCUGUACACGGCCCUGUGUGACCAGCAGAGGUCGGAUCAGGCCACUCUGCUGCUGUACACCUUGCUGCACCAGAACACUAACGUGCGCACCUACGUGCUGUCCCGCACCGAUAUGGAGAACCUGGUCAUGCCCAUCCUGGACAUCCUUUACCACGUGGAGGACAGGAACUCUCAUCACGUCUAUAUGGCCCUCAUCGUCCUCCUCAUCCUCACGGAGGAUGACACAUUCAACCGAUCCAUUCAUGAAGUCAUGUUGAAGAACAUCACCUGGUACACGGAGCGCUCUCUGACUGAGAUUUCCCUCGGGAGCCUCCUGAUCCUUGUGGUAAUCCGGACGAUCCAGUUCAACAUGACCAGGACCAGGGACAAGUACCUUCACACAAACUGUUUGGCUGCCCUGGCCAACAUGUCAGCUCAGUUUCGCUGCCUGCACCAGUACGCCGCCCAGCGUAUCAUCAGCCUGUUUGCCCUGUUGUCCAAAAAGCACAAUAAGGUUCUGGAGCAGGCCACGCAGUCCCUGAGAGGUCCGAUGGGCUCAGAAGGCAAUGCCGCACUUCCAGACUAUGCCCAGGAUUUGAAUGUAAUUGAGGAGGUGAUCCGAAUGAUGCUUGAGAUAAUCAAUUCCUGCCUGUCAAACUCAUUGCACCACAACCCCAACCUGGUCUACGCUCUGCUGUACAAGAGGGAGCUCUUCGAGCAGUUCCGGUCCCAUCCGUCAUUCCAGGACAUCAUGCAGAACCUCGACACGGUGAUCGGGUUCUUCAGCGCUCGUCUGGAGCAGGCCGGCUCGGAUCUGUCAGUGGAGCGGGUCCAGGAGGUCAUCAAAAAAGGCGCCGUGGUCCUGCCCAAAGACCGACUCAAAGUAGUAAAUCUGGCCUGUGGGCCUGAAUAAACAGAUCCUCAGAUACAUGAUCGACAGGGUAAACAGAAGGCGGUGAAGCUUGAAUCGCGUCUCUCUGGCGGCUUUGUCCCGACUGCCCCCAUUAUGUCUGAUCGUCCUUCUCCCUCCAGGCAGAAACAGUGGCAGCACCUUCAUUUUCAGUAUCACCAGAGAGGCGCUUGUGUUGAUACUCUGGCUUUUGGGCCCAGUGACUUUCAGGAAGAGCGCCCAUGGAAUGUGAUGUUUGGCGCGGACUCCUUUGGUCUGCAGUGAUAAGCGAUAGACAGUCUGGCUCCAGCGAGCAGGAGCUGCCCUGCAGACAGGCCUUUCAGAGUCUCCCCUGCACCACCAUGAUGACCUCUCACCAAUUAGCCGUUUUUACUCAGGAAGCCUGUUGUUUUCCAGGACUUGGAGAUCGUGGGACAGCAGCCCUCUGUGUUCCCAAUGUGAAUCACCACACUGGCCCGUGUUUUGAUAAGCAGAAUAAUAACGAAUUGGAACAGCCUCUGAUUCUCUCUCUCUUUAUUCGGCCUCGCCUCAGAUGUAUUGCUUUUUCUGUGUGGUUUUCUUUUUUUCCCCCCAGUCCUUGUGGGACAAGCCUCCAUUUUCCAUGAAAGCUUUAAAAGCCUCGCAAACUGGAGAUUGGGAGCCGUGAGAGAGAUGCUCUGGAGUCUCCGUCGUUCCCGUUAACCCCUCUGUCUCCCAUCUUUGCGCGGAGAGUUUGCUUAAGCGCAGGCUCUCCUUUUUCCAGUCUGUGUUAAAGUAGAUGUCCUUGUUAGAAUCUCGGCUUUAAUGCGUCUGACUUGAUCUUGGUAUUUAUGCGCUUUGCCUUUAUGAGUUGAAGUUAGAAAACCUUAAUUCUUGUUUCACUUUAAGAAAGCUGAAGUCUGGAAGUAUUUAUUUACAUUUCUUAUGUUGCGUAAAAUUUCAAAUGACAUCCAAAUAAAAUUUCCCGCACUAUUGCAAGUUUCUGAUAUACAUUAUCAGCUGCAAAAUGCGCAUUAACAAUGAAAUUAAACAGUUAAAAUUAUUUAAAUUUAUCUAUUCAACCGAUGCCUUUGUCCAGUGAGACGUACGAUUGAGGAAAGUGCGGGGUCAGUCGCCGCCUACCAUUCCUCUGGCACUUUGGGCUGAGGGCCUUAUUCAAGCGCCCAGUGCUGAUAUUAUUACUCUGCCAACCAAGGGAUUUUACCCCACAACCUUCUGGACAUGGGGCCAGAUUCAUAACCUUCUGAGCUACACAGUAACGAAUUGGGAAUUUUGGCCCGUCCUACAAUUUUGACUAAAAUCCGACAGCUAACGGCUUUAUCUUUUACCCACUUGAGAAACUCCAACCUAAUUUUAUUGUUAAUGAAUGAAAAAAAUACAUUUCCUAUCAUGCAAGUUCCAGAAGUUCCCUUUGUCAUCCGUGUGUUUUCUCUUCCAUGAGUUAUUGGUGUAUUCAGGCUGUACAUGCCGUGCUGAGUAUUACUCACCGUUUCCAGCUCUGAGGCUGUACUGUGCUAAAAUAGAGAAGAGGUGAGUUGGCAAUGAAUAUUUAUAUGCUGUUUUUUACAGUUACUCUCAGUGGGAUAACUCUAGGCGCACUCAACAUUGUGGGUAUGACAAGAUAUUGCUGUUAUUAAUGAAGCCAGCCAUCUUCCUCCUGUCUGCCCUUUGCCAGAAUGUGCCGAGAUGUAGUGUGCAUUGCAGCCGGCAGGCUAUGAAUAAUAGAGCAGGGUCUGUGUUGCUUCUUGUGGAUCUCCCUGUUAGACGAGUUCCUUUCAGCAUAUUGCAAUUAUGGUAACGCGAUGGGCAGCUUGCAUAUACCCCUUGUGUCACUCAGGGGUUUGUCCAAAUGGCACUGGGGAAUCCCCACUUCUCUUCAUAAAGUGCCACCUCUUAUGUGACGUUUCAGGAUUAAAUUACUUUUGAAAAUGAGUGAGUUUUGGAACAUUUUCGAGAAGGUGUUUUUUUUUUUGGGGGGGGGGGCAGUUUGACUUAUCUCUAUUAUUGAAAGUGGGGGAGUCAGGUACUAUUAAGGCAGAUGAUUUAUAAAAGGUUCAAUGCAAAGAGAAAUGGAAUUUCUGUUUGAAGCGAAAGGCAGCUCUCUCUCAGAAAUUGGUCUCCAGUGGAGACUCUCCAAUGAAAUUUUUGAUGGCAUAACAUCCUGUCAGAAUUUAUAACAUGCUCACUGUUUCACUGGCUGAAUGAGCCCCCAUCUGAAUGCUUAGGGAAUCUCGUGUUUCCUCCAGAUCAAGGAGAAAUUGUGUAAUCUGUCACCGGUUGUUUUUCUAACAUUGACAAUCUUGAACAAAUUUGUUUCCUUCCUUAGACAGGUAGUUGAUUAUAAGUUACUCAAUAUUUAAAGACUGUUACCUCAGAAGCUGAUAGUUUUACGAGGCGGCUUCCACCUGAAGCUGCUGUAUUCUGUCACAUAUAAUAAUCUCUUAAAUUUGUUUUUUUCCCCCCUUUAAAUAUACCCUGCCUCUGUGUUCCGGAAAGUGCUGUAUCUCUUAAACAAAACAGUGAGCUUCAUGUUGUAUUUAAAAAAAUAUAUACUAAAACCAGGUAAUCUAGAGAUUAUGAACAUUAUUCUUUAAAGCAAUAAAUAAAAUUAGACAUAAAAUGAUUUAGGGGGUUUUAAAAAAGUCAUCGUGGGUGGUGUCUGCAUCUUUCCUCUACGGCUGUAGGUUUGAUUCCAGUUUUAACUUUUUGUGUGUGGAGUUUUUCCUGUUCGAUCCCAAGUGCACUCCGUACUCCUGAUUUCUCCCAAUUUGCAAAGACAUGUGGCUCGAUAAAUGUGUUUCUCGAAAUCUCCCAGAGAAUGUGAAUGUGUGCUGUGUGAUGCUCUGGCAGCCUGUCUCCCUGCACCAUACAUCCUGUCUCCUGCGAUUCACCCCAGGCUUGCCCUAACCCUGUACUAUAACCAGGCACAGAGGUUUGUUAUACAUGCGGUAAUUUUGUUUGCAUAUGCAGUAUAACUAAGCAGAAACGUCAAGCACAUUUCAGCACAACGUUCACUGUAUACACUGUCAGCUGAGCCGUUUACCUGUAUAAGGUCAGAGAAAUCAUCUCAUCAAGGGAAAGCUUAAAAAAAUAAAGCCUUAUGCAAGUAGGCAGUCGUUAAGGAACUACACAUGCAGAGAACCUCAAGUCUGAGAUUAGUGCACUAAAUAAUCCCGUUGUGUGAAUCGGGUAAAAAUAUACAUGAUAAAUGAGAAUGAGAAAAUAAAACCUGUAUUAAUCCAUCCUUCAUGUGAUUCCC